AUGACACACGCAAACGGAUUGGGCGAAAACGGCCUGUACACCAAUGGACACAACAACAAGGCAGAGUCAAUCAAGACGGCCAAGCAACUUGUGGAGGCGAUUAAGGCUACGAACAUGGCCCCUCUCUGGGCACAGAUGCAACGGCUGAACCCCCCGGCCCCGAAUCCACAGACAGUGCCAUACCUUUGGUCCUAUGAUGAUGUCCGGCCCUAUUUGUUACGCGCCGGAGAUCUGAUUACUGAGAAACAAGCCGAACGACGCGUUCUGAUGCUCGCUAAUCCUGCCCGAGCUGCACCUUACACAACCGACACUCUCUACGCCGGCCUCCAACUUGUUCAGCCGCACGAGACUGCCCCUGCCCACCGGCACACGGCCUUUGCCUGUCGCUUCAUUAUUGAGGGUCAGGGAGGUUUCACCGCUGUCCAUGGCCAACGCGUGGCCAUGAGACCCCGAGACGUGAUCGUGACUCCGACCUGGAACUGGCACGACCACGGUAAGAAGGGGGCUGACGAAGAAGGUGGAGACGAUAAACCGGUUAUUUGGCUCGAUGGGCUUGAUCUGCCUAAUUUUAUCCACUUUCCGAUACACUUUGUCGAGCACUUCGCAUCAUCUCGAUAUCCGGCCGAGGAUGUCGAUGAUUCGCCCAUAGUAUUCCCGUGGGCCGAGAUGCAGGGGAAACUUGAUGCGAAGAAUGAGAACUGGGCUUCUGAGCCGUAUUUGAAGAAGGAUGGCCGAGAGAUUAGUCGAGUCAUCGGCGCCUCUGCGGAGAGGCUAAGCGCAGGAGCGCACUCGCCAGCUGUCUGUGAAACUGCAUCCUCGGUUUACCAUGUCAUAGAGGGGUCGGGCAGCACAAGCAUUGGUGAUACGACGCUCAAGUGGAAGCAGGGCGAUACGUUUUGCAUCCCGGCCUGGCACCGCUACCAGCAUUCCGCUAACAGGAAUGAGAGGGUGUACUUGUACCGUUUUGAUGACAAGCCCAUGCUUAAAGCCCUCGGCUUUUAUCGUGUCGAAGGCGUAGAUGUUGAGAAGUAUGUCUCGGAUUAA